AUGACACGAUUUAGUUAUAAACGUAACAAAAAGGAAAGUUCUGUAGAAUUUGCAUCAACAGAACCAUCACAACCAACAAAUGAACAAAAUGGUGAUGCAAUAUAUCAUAUUGAUACACCUUUAAGAAAGCAAAGUAUAUAUACAGUUGAAAAGUUAAAUGAACGAUACAAUCUUAAUCAAGAUUUUCAAGAAAGUCCAAUUAGUGGUACAUGGAAUUAUAUUAAAAAAUAUUAUAAGCCAACACCGGCUUUUUUUAAAAGACAAUUAUUUAGACGAAUACCAUUUAUUGAUUGGAUACGACAUUAUAAUGUAAAAGAAUGGCUUCUGCCAGAUAUUGUAUCUGGUUUAACUAUUGGUAUUGUGCACAUACCUCAAGGACUUGCAUAUGCUAUUCUUGCUGGUCUGCCACCAGUGACUGGUCUUUAUGUUUCUUUUUUUCCGGUUAUUCUCUAUGCUUUUCUUGGUUCAUCACGACAUUUAAGUGUCGGUACUUUUGCAGUUUCUUCUCUUAUGAUUCUUGCUGCUGUUAAUAGCCGAGUAGGAACACUUAUUCCACCUAAUCAAAUUAGAUCAUCGAUACAGAAUGCAACAAGUAAUUAUGCUGAUAUGAAUAUUACAACUAUGGAUUAUACAGAAGACUAUACAUCGAAUACAUUGGGAUCAACAAUAGUUUCAAUAGCAUCAACAAUGAGAGCUUCAAGUAGUAAUCAAUAUUUAAGUAGUAAUCCAGAUGAAGCUCGUAUAAUGGUUGCUUCAGCAUUAGCACUUGUUGCUGGUUUAAUUCAUUUAGCUAUGGCUAUAUUACAUUUUGGUUAUGUUACUGUUUAUUUAUCAGAUUCAAUUGUACAAGGUUUUACAACUGGAUGUUCUAUACAUAUAAUAACAAGUCAAUUGCCACCAUUACUUGGUAUUAAAAUAAAAACAGUUACUGGACAAUCAAAAGUAAUUAAGAGUUGGAUUGAAAUUUUUAAAAAUAUUAAAUACUCAAAUGGUGCAACAUGUAUAAUUUCUGGAAUUAGUAUUGCUCUAUUUGCUAGUGUUCGUGAUCAUAUUAAUGAACGUUUUAAAGGACGAAUGCCAAUACCUGUACCAAUUGAAUUAAUUAUCGUUAUUCUUGGUACGGGUCUCUCUGCUGCCUUUGAUUUUAAUAAACGUUGGAAAGUUAGUAUUGUUGGCAAGCUUCCACUUGGAAUUCCGCCACCAACUGUUCCACCCGUUGCAGCUAUAUCAGAUGUGGUAGGUGAUGCAAUUGCAAUAGCUAUUGUAUGUUUUGUAAUUAAUAUAAGUAUGGCUAAAUUAUUUGCAACAAAAUAUAAAUAUCAAAUAAGUCCAAAUCAAGAACUUUUUGCAUAUGCAGUUGGAAAUAUUGUUACUUCUUUUUUUCGUGGUUUUCCAGCUUGUGUUGCACUUUCACGAUGUGCUGUACUGGAAGGAACAGGUGGAAAAACUCAAAUUGUUGGGCUUUUGGCAUCAAUUGUUGUAUUAAUUGUUAUUCUAGCAGUCGGCCCAUUAUUUCGUACAUUACCAAAUGCUUGUUUAGCAGCUAUUAUAGUAACAGCUAUGAAAAAUAUGCUUUUACAAACUAAACAAUUACCUGUAUUAUGGCGUAUAAAUAAACUUGAAUUUUUAGCUUGGAUAAUAACAUUUUCGGGUGUUGUUUUACUUGAUGUCGAUUAUGGUUUAUAUGUUGGUGUUGCAGCAAUGAUUUUUCUAUUAAUUAUUCGUUCACAAAGACCACAUGCAACAUCACUAGGUUAUUUAUCAUCUCCUCGUGUGUAUGAAGAUCAAAAUGCAUAUCCAACAGCAACUGAUAUACCCAAUAUAAAAAUCUUUCGUUUUGAAGAAAAUAUUUAUUAUGCCAAUGUUGAAAUGUUUAAAAAAUUAUUUAUUAAACGUAUUGAUUUUCGUGUUGAUGAUCAAAUCAAAGCAAUGAAUGAUGAAAUAAUAAAUAUUGAACGUGAAUAUAAAUUACGUUUAACUAAACCAAGCAAUACACUUAUGAAAUUUAAACGACAUUUUCAAAAAGAUAAUACAACAAAUACAAAUGAAACAGUAGUACAAGAAAGUGUUGAAAUAGAUGAAAGUAAAAUAAUAGAAGAAAAGAACCAAAAAAUUGAAGAAACUAGAAAAAAAUAUCGACCAAAUUUUGAUCAUAUUAUUAUUGAUUGUUCACCUGUUAAUUAUAUGGAUAUGAUGGGUAUUAAAACAUUAAUACAAAUUUUUAAAGAUUUCAAAGAAAUUGGUGUAACUGUUCUACUUUGUCAAGUUCGACCUACUGUUUAUCGACAAUUAAAACGUAUGAGUUAUAUGGAUGUUGCUGGUCGUGAAACUAUUCAUGUGACUAUUAACGAUGCAGUUCUGCAUGCAUUGAAAACACGUGCUUCUCGUGAUUCAGUUGUUUAUGCACCAGGUACUCCACUGACUCAUAUCGGUAUUGAAAAUGCUGCCUAUAUAGAUGAUGAAGAUGAAAACAGUGAUGCAAUAAUAAAAAGUUAUUUGUAG